GAUUAAACUCGUACUAUAAAUUCGAUUCUUUGACAAUCGAUCUGCAUUAACCGGAGCGUGCAGUAUAUAUCUGAGAAACAGUACAAAAAAUUUGGCGUGAUACAUUAUCACCAGUUUUGCUACUUUUUAGGUUGGAAAUUGUAAGAAUCCGUUGAAACUCACUUAAGUACACGUCAGUCACGCCGGCCAGCAGGAUGUCCUACGGCGGAGUAAAUGAAAACAUUCACAAUUAUGCGAGGGAAAAAAAUGCUAUUAUCGUCGAUCUACGAAGCGACACGCUUACGAAACCGACAGCGGAGAUGAGGAAAGCUAUGUACGAGGCGCAAGUAGGGGAUGACGUCUACGAGGAAGAUCCAACGGUAAAAGAAUUACAAAAAAAGGCUGCAGAUUUGCUUGGAAAGGAAGAUGCACUUUUUGUUAGUUCUGGUACGAUGGGAAAUUUGAUCGCUGUCAUGAACCAUUGCGAUGUGCGUGGCAGUGAAGUCUACUGUGGGGAUGAGUCACAUGUCUUUCUUCACGAACAGGGUGGUGCGGCGCAGAUAGCCGGCGUUAGUCUCAAUGUCCUGCCUAACAACAACGACGGUACGUUCGAUCUAAAGAGUCUCGAGAGCGCAAUUCGCACGGACCGAAUACACGAACCGAUAUCAAAGCUGAUCAUGGUGGAGAACACGAUAAACGGAAAAGUCGUACCUCAGUCAUGGAUCGAAGAAUUAUCGAUGGUAGCGAGGAAGCAUAAUCUUAAGAUGCAUUUAGAUGGGGCACGAUUGUGGAACGCCUCGGUUGCAUCGAAGAUCUCGGCGAAGGAUUUGGUCGCUCCGUUCGACUCUGUUACUUUUUGCUUGAGCAAAGGACUGGGCGCUCCUAUAGGGUCCGUGCUUUGCGGAAGCAAGAGUUUCAUCGCUGAUGCAAGGAGGAGGCGCAAGGUGUUGGGUGGCGCCAUGCGACAGGUCGGCGUAAUCGCCGCGGCUAGAAUCGUCGCCUUGGAACAGACAGUGCCACGGCUAGCAGAGGAUCACAGAAGAGCGUUGCACAUUGCGGAGGCGAUCAAUCAGUUGAACUCUAAGAUAUUCAACAUAGAUCUGAAAACCACACAUACCAACAUGAUAUUCGUGAACGUGAAUACAGAUAGCGGCAUUUCAGCCGAAACUCUCAUGAACAGACUCCAGGAAGUGAAUACUUUCGAUGAAGACGACAAGAUCAUAAUUCAAUGUCUAGCUCUCACGAAAAGAUUGAUGAGACUAGUUCUCUAUUAUGAUAUCAACGAUACGAUGGUGACUGCUGCCAUUCGUAAAUUAAGAUACGUCAUCAAGCAAUUGGAUCCCCAAGUAAAGAUUUGACUUCGUAAUGUUCUUUAAAAAACAGUAAUUAAAAUUAUAGCAUUAAAUAUUAUCUUAAUGUAUAUACUGAAUUAUCUGUAUUUAAAUAAUAACAUAUGUUUAAGUUAAUUUAAUUAAUACUAAAUAGUAUAUACUAAAUAGUACAAUUUCUUUCGAAAUCUAAUAAAAAUAUGAAGUUACACAAUUGGAAAUUUGCUUUUAAAAAUAUGAUUCAAAUUUUUCUUUUGCUAUAUUGUUAUGCAUAAAACUAAAGUCACAUAAAAGCUUGAAUAACUAAUUGUAUCUUGAAACAUGUUUCUCUUUAAAAUCUUAUAAAUACUUAUCAACCUAAAUAUCUCAAUAUCCUAAUUACUUACAUCAAGUAUCCAAGUAAUAAAGUUUUAUAAGAUCAAA